AAUCAGCAGCAGUUGCUGGGCCUCUCUUCAACUCUCUUCAUAUUGGCCUUGUAUGGGGAAGUUUGCCCGGCUGGGGGGUCCCAUUUAGAUUACGGUUUGUCCCUAAAGACCCUUCUUCAGUCAAACCAUCAGCACAUGUCCUCUCCCCAUCCCAGACAGCUGUUGUAUUUAAACUGCCUGCUCCCAGAUAAUAACACAUUGCAGCAACAGCAUCACACAGAGAGGGGAAAGAUGGCCAGCAGGAAGACAAAGAAGAAGGAAGGGGGUGCUAAAAGGGCCCAGAGAGCCUCGUCCAAUGUCUUCUCCAUGUUUGAACAAACUCAGAUCCAGGAGUUCAAAGAGGCAUUCACACUUAUCGACCAGAAUCGAGAUGGAUUCAUUGAUAAAGAAGAUCUCAAGGAUACAUACGCAUCUUUGGGUAAGCUCAAUGUGAAGGACAAUGAACUUGAGGAUAUGCUAAAAGAAGCCACUGGUCCCAUCAACUUCACCAUGUUCCUCAACCUGUUUGGAGAAAAGCUGCAUGGUACAGACCCUGAAGAUACUAUCCUGAAUGCUUUCAAACUAUUUGACCCUGACUCUAAAGGCUACGUACACAAAGACGAGUUACAGAAGUUACUGAUGACACAAGCAGACAAGUUUUCAUUGGAGGAGGUAAAGCAGAUGUUCCAGUCAUCCAACAUUGAUGCUGCAGGCAACCUGGAUUACAAAUCUCUGUGUUACAUUAUCACACAUGGGGAGGAACAAGAAGAAUAGAGAUGAUAUGAGCCUUCUUGUCAUAUCUAUGAACAAUGAUCUAACUGUUAGAGUUGGCGUGGUGCUCUGUUUUGCCUCUUUCAAAUAAAAUGAGAGAAA